AUGACCCUUACGGAAAAGGGAGACCUCUCAGCUCAGCCCUAUCGCGGCGACAAGCUCCCCAGCGUCCCCGAAGACCUUGUCGUCACCGGUGCCCUAGACCUGGACUGCGACGAGCGUCUCUGGGUCCCCCAAGCCAAAGACGUGUGGUUCCGACCGCUCUGUUUCAGUGUAUCCCAAGGCUACUUUGUCAAUAUCUUGCGCGUUAGAAGGAGUGGGAUUCUUUCGCGCCAUCGUCAUACCGGCCCAGUCCAUGCCACCGUCCUCCGUGGUCGCUGGCACUAUCUAGAGCACCCUUGGUGGGCUGAAGAAGGUGGGUAUGCCUUUGAGCCUCCUGGCGAUAUCCAUACUUUGGAGGUUCCUGAUGGCGUGCAAGAGAUGGUGACCCUGUUCCAUGUUACGGGGGCUUAUAUUUAUGUGGAUCCUGAGGGAACGGCCCUGGGAAUCGAGGACGUGUUCAGCAAAUUGCAAGCUGCGCGGAAACACUAUGAAGAGGUUGGGCUCGGGGCAAGCUUUGCGGAUCAGUUCGUGCGAUAA